AUGGCCGAGUCCAACGAGGUUCCCAUUCCCCAAGUGCCGGGGCUGCCUAUCAUUGGCAACAUGAAUGAUUUCGAUGCUGCCUACCCUCUUGGCUCCAUCAUUCACAUGGCCGAGACUUACGGCUCCAUCUUCAGAUACGUCCUUGCUGGCCAACCACGCAUUGUCGUGAGCAGCCAAGCAUUGGUCAACGAGGUCUGUGAUGAGAAACGAUUCAUGAAGAAGGUGGCAGCAGGCCUGGAGCAGGUCCGCAACGGCAUUCACGAUGGCCUUUUCACCGCCUACGGCCCGCAGGAGAGGAAUUGGGGCAUUGCUCACCGCAUUCUCAUCCCGGCUUUUGGCCCGCUCUCGAUCCGCGGAAUGUUCGACGAGAUGCACGACAUCGCAAGCCAGCUGGUCAUGAAGUUCGCGAGGCACGGACCCAACCACCUGAUCGAGGUCACCGAGGACUUCACAAGGCUGACCCUGGAUACCCUGGCCUUGUGUGCCAUGGACUACCGCUUCAACUCUUUCUAUUCUUCAGAGAUGCACCCCUUCGUCCAAGCCAUGGUGGACUUCCUCAUCGAGUCUGGCAACAGGUCAAGAAGACCAGCUAUUGCCCAAUCUUUCUACCGUGCCGCUCAGUACAAGUACGACGCCGACAUCUCCAUUCUCCAAAAGACUGGUCAGGAAGUCAUCGAUGCACGGAGAAAGAACCCGACUGAGAAGAAGGAUCUGUUGAACUACAUGCUUGAUGGCCGCGAUCCCAAGACUGGAGAAGGCCUCAGCGAUGGAAGCAUCAUCGACAACAUGAUCACCUUCCUUAUUGCUGGCCACGAGACCACCUCUGGAAUGCUCUCCUUUGCCUUCUACUACCUCCUCAAGAACCCCGCGUCUUAUGCCAAGGCCCAGCAGGAGGUCGACAGCGUCAUUGGCCAAGGUGCCAUUACUGUUGAGCACAUCUCCAAGCUACCCUACAUCAACGCCGUCCUUCGUGAGGCCCUGCGUCUGAACCCCACAGCACCUAUGAUUACCGUGUCACCAGAGAAGGACGAAGUUAUCGGUGGCAAGUACCGCAUCCCAGCUGAUGAGCCAGUCAAUCUCUUGCUUCACACCCUCCACCGCGACCCCAAGGUCUGGGGCGAGGAUGCGGAGCAGUGGAACCCGGACAGGAUGCUGGACGACAAUUUCAACAGGAUCCAGAAGGAGUUCCCCAACUGCUGGAAACCUUUCGGUAACGGCAUGCGUGCUUGUAUUGGCAGGCCUUUCGCCUGGCAGGAGGCAGUCUUGGUUGUAGCCAUUCUGCUCCAGAAUUUCAACUUCGUUGCCGAGGACCCAUCCUACACGCUCAGCUUCAAGCAGUCUCUCACGAUCAAGCCCAAGGACUUCCGCAUGCGCGCCAUCCUGCGCAAUGGCCGUAACCCUACCACUCUUGAGCACCAGCUGGCUUCCGGCUCCACCGGAGAGCAUGCCACUUCCGAAGCCGCCAAGCCCAACAAGACCGAGGCCAAGGACGGCAUUCCCUUCUCCAUCUACUAUGGCUCCAACACGGGCACCUGUGAGGCGCUUGCUCGCAGACUUGCCAGCGAUGCUGCCUCGCGUGGCUUCCGCGUCGCGACUGUCGACUCAUUGGAUUCCGCCAAGGAGAAUCUGCCCAAGGACCAGCCAGUCGCGAUCGUGACGGCGUCGUACGAGGGCCAACCAGCUGACAAUGCGGCGCACUUUGUUGCCUGGAUGGAGGGUCUGAAGGGCAAUGAGCUCGAGGGUGUGAACUACACCGUCUUCGGAUGUGGUCACCACGAUUGGGCUGCUACUUUCCACCGCAUCCCCACCCUUGUGGAUAGAGUCCUUGAGGAGCGCGGUGCGAAGCGCGUCGCUCCGUUCGGCACGGCUGAUGCUGGCGCUGGCGACAUCUUUUCUGACUUCGAGAAGUGGGAAGAUGAACAGUUCUGGCCGGCGAUGAAGGAGAAGUUCAACGCAGCCGGAAACGCUGACGCUCCGCUGUUCGAACAGCUUGAGGUUCAAGUCUCUGCUCCCCGUGCAUCUCUUCUGAAGCAGGAAGUCAAGGAGGCACGCGUGGUUGAGACCAAGCUCCUUUCCCACCCUGACGUACCCGAGAAGCGCCAUAUCGAAAUCGAGCUCCCCUCAGACAUGACUUACUCGGUUGGCGAUUACCUCGCCGUCCUGCCGCUCAACCCCAAGGAGAACGUUGCUCGUGCGAUGCGUUAUUUCGGUCUUGCUUGGGACAGCAUGGUCACCAUCUCGGCCGCCGGUCCCACAACCUUGCCUACUGACAUGCCUGUGUCGGCGGCCGAUCUUUUCGGCGCAUACGUCGAGCUCGCACAACCUGCCAGCAAACGUACCGUCACCACCCUCAUUGGCGCGACCAAGGAUGAGGAAACCAUUGCCGCACUCACCAAGCUUGCUGGCGAGGACUUUGAUGCUGAAGUCACGGGCAAGCGCCUGUCCGUCCUUGACAUUCUUGAGCGCUUCCCCUCCAUCACCCUCCCACUUCCCGCCUUCCUCCAGCUCCAGCCGCCGAUGCGCGUUCGCCAAUACUCCAUCUCCUCGUCGCCGCUCUGGAACCCGUCUCGCGUCACGUUGACCUACGCCGUUCUCGACCAGCCGUCGCUCGCGGCGCCCGACAAGCGCCACCACGUCGGCGUCGCCUCCUCGUACCUCGCUCACCUCGAGGCCGGCGACGCCCUGCACGUCAGCAUCCGCCCGUCAGCACAGGCCUUCCGCCUGCCCGCCGACCCGGAGGCCACGCCGCUCAUCAUGGUCGCCGCCGGCUCCGGGCUGGCGCCCUUCCGCGGCUUCGUCCAGGAGCGCGCGGCGCAGAUCGCGGCCGGACGCAAGCUGGCGCCCGCGCUGCUCUUUUACGGCUGCCGCGCUCCCGGCAAGGACGACCUGUACAAGGAGCUCUUCGACGAGUGGGAGAGCAGGGGCGUUGUGCAGGUGCGCCGCGCGUACAGCCGCGCAAAGGACCAGAGCGAGGGCUGUGGACACGUCCAGGAGCGCAUGUGGAUGGACCGCAAGGAUGUCGUCGAGCUGUUCGAAGGCGGCGCGAAGGUUUUUGUUUGCGGCAGCAGCGCUGUUGGCCAGGCUGUUAGCAAGGUGUGCUGCGAGAUGGCGCUCGAGAGGCAGCAGGAGCUCGGCAAGGAUACGAAUAUGGAGAAGGUGGAGAAGUGGUUCGAGACUAUCCGCAACGAUCGGUUUGCGACGGAUGUGUUUGCUUAG